ACAAUAAUCUUAUUGAAGAAAAACCGAAACUCACAUCCCAAUUAGUAGUUGCAUUAAGAGAGUAUUUGACCCAAAAGAAGAUUGCCAAUGCUUACAAAAUAACAAUAAGAACUGUUAGAAACUUAGAAAAAAGAGCCAAAAAUCCUAAUCAGAAAAAGAAAAAAAGAGGUCGUAAGAGAAAAAUCGAAGGCUAUAACUUAUCACUUUUAAAAUCUUUUGUUAAUCAGAACGAGGAAAAUAUCACUGCUAGAACUCAAAAAGAAUUGGUUGAAGAGUAUAGAAAAAAAGGACUAGAACUUAAUCAGUCAACCAUUUCUCGAACUUUAAAAUGGCAAGAACAAAGAAAUAAAAAAGCAGGCAAACGAUAUUCUGAAUUAGAUAUAGAAAAAGCUAAACAAUUUGUUCUCGACAAUUAUGACCUUUAUUCUUCCCACUAUUGCUUUGCUUUGGAUGAAUUUGGUUUUUAUUCUAACGAAGUUCCUAGUUAUGCUUAUUCUCGAAAAGGUUGUCGAGCUGAAAUUAUCCAGCCAGGAGAAAAAGGAAUUCGUUAUACUAAUAUUAAGAAAAAGAAAGGUGAAAUUAUUAAAAAGGGAACCAAAGCAGUAGAUUUGCAUGAUUUUCUAGUAGGAAUUAACUUUCCUAAUGACAGUCAUAUCCUACUCGAUAAUGCUAAAAUUCAUCAUGCUGUUAAGUCUCUUAUAAAGGCAAAUAGGCUUCCGAUUAAAGAGUUAGCAAUCAAAAAAGGAAUAAUCCUUAAAUAUCUUCCUACUCGUGCUCCUAUGUUAAAUCCAGUUGAGUUUUUUAUCAAUAAUAUUAAGAAUUACAUCAAAAAAGAACGGCCUCGAACUGAGGAAGAAGUGGAAGUAAUUAUUAGCAAAGUUAUGGAAAAAUUACAAAAAGAAGAUUUAACUAAAAAUUUUCUACAUUGUCGAGAUAAAUUAAAUGUAAAAUCAAAUUAUAAAAGAGGAAAAUAA